AUAUACCGACUGGAAUCGUUAUGAUCGUCAUCGUGGCUUUUUGGUUUUUUUGUUUGUGUUGGUUUCUUUACUGGAUACGUGUGAUGUGCAUACCGAGAUCCGAUUGUUGUAUCACAGUAUUCAAGUAUCCGGAAAUUCAUGGAAUCUGUAAUUCUCGAGCGGCAUUUAAAUUCUUCGACUUCCUUCAUCUUGAUGAUAAUGACCAUACGACUUUUGCCAUCACGAAAAUAAUAUACAGCGUGCAUAGAAAGGAUUGCUGUGAUUAAAACGGAUAAUAAAAGAUGUUGGACAUGUCAAAUACGCCAAACAUAUGCGAAAGUCAAGGGAGCACAUCGUGCUGCCGUAUAACUACGAGUGACAUCGAGGCAGCAUAUUCAUUUCUGGACGGAACCAGAACGAACGGCACACCAAACCGUCUCCAUAGAUUUUUGAUUGCAAUUCUACAAAUGGAGUACAACUACGGCUCGCCGGAAACCUGCAAUGCGGGCCUUCUGGGGCCGAGUCUGGUCAAUUUGUAUAAUGUCACCUCCUACUAUUUCUUUCUGUCGAUUCUAGAGACAUUUGUGAGAAGAAAACAAGCAAUCGCUCAAACCUGCGAACGCAUCACACCUAUCCAUACCCCGGAUGCCGAGUAUGACUUCAUCGUAGUGGGAGGCGGAGCAGCCGGAUCUGUCAUCGCUGCAAGACUGAGUGAGAAUCCGUUCUGGAAAGUUCUGCUUAUUGAGGCAGGCCCGGACGAACCAGUAGGUCUAUCCAUCCCUGGUCUUGGUUCUAUUAUAUCUCGAUCAUCUAUCGAGUGGGGAUACCAGUCGAUAAACGAGAACUACGCCUGUCUCAGUUCGAAUGGUAGCUGUCCGAUCCCUGCAGCCAAAGCUCUCGGUGGAGGCAUGGCGGAGAAUGCAAUGAUAUACCUACGCGGCGGCCCGUUCAUAUUCGAUCAAUGGGCUGCAAUGGGUAACGAGGGAUGGUCGUGGGAAGACGUCCUACCGUUUUUUAAAAAGUCCGAAAAUAACGGUGAUGUCGAUAGUGUUGGUCGAGAGUAUCACGGCACGGAUGGACCGCUUUUUGUCGAAAGAUUUCCGUCCAAGCCACUCCUUGCAAAUGUAAUACUCGAGGCAGCCGAAGAAGCGGGUUUCGGCGUCAGCAAUGACCUCAACGGAAAUGAUAAUAUUGGCUUCGCAAUAGUUCAAACAACGAGCCACCACGGUGCGAGACGCAGCAGCGCCGCAGCGUUUCUGCGGCCAAUCAGACAUCGCACUAAUCUCCACAUCACUCUGAACUCCACUUGCACGAGGGUCAUAAUCGAGAAUGGACAAGCAGUUGGAGUUGAAUAUUACAAAGUUGGCAAUUUCUACACGGUACGCGCAUCCAAGGAAGUCAUCGUUUCCGCAGGUGCGAUUGGGUCUCCCCAUCUUCUACUGCUUUCUGGAGUUGGGCCGGAAGAAGAUUUGAAAUCCAAGGGAAUCGACGUGGUCGAAGAUUUACCUGGCGUCGGUUGCAAUUUCCAUGAUCAUAUGAUAUACCAGGUUGCGUUCACCGUUAAUGAGCCUGACGUCUACGAUAGCAAGUGGGCUGCUCUUGCUGAGUACAUCGGCUUUCAGACUGGGCCCUUGUCUAACAGCGGACUCAAUCAAGUGGCUGGCGCCCUAUCAUCCGGGAUUACUACACCCGACCUUCCGGACAUUCAUAUAGUCAUUGACGGUUUUUGUAACAGUUUCGAACUAUGUGGAAUGGGCGCACUCAGCAGUGACGGUAAACGCGAAAUCGUGUUUUCGGCAGGUUACGAGCAUCCGAAAUGCAGAGGAAAAAUCAGUCUGGCUUUAUCGGAUCCUUUUGAGUAUCCUUCGAUCUGGGUCAAUUAUCUCUGCGACCCUGACGACGUUGCAGGGGUUGUGAGAGCCAUCGAGUAUUCACUGGAAUUGGUCAAUACACCGGCCAUAAAGGCCUACAACAUGACCUUGGCCGAAACACCUCUCGAGGCAUGCUCAAAUUACACUUUUGCUAGCACGAAAUACUGGGAGUGCGCAGUUCAUCACAAUGCUAUUGGGGAAUACCACAUUUCAGGCUCCUGCAAAAUGGGUCCGUCAUCGGACCCACUUGCCGUUGUCGACCCUCGGCUCCGAGUCUACGGAAUACAGGGACUACGCGUGGCGGACGCUUCUAUUAUGCCGCAGGUGACUAUCGCCAAUACUGCAGCAUCUUGCGUCAUGAUUGGAGAACGAGCUGCGCACAUGAUCAAGCAAGAUUGGAAUUAUACGGAUGCGAUAUAAUAUUUUUCAUAAUUCGUCACGAUGAAACCUGUCCUCAGUAAAGACGCAUUUAAAAAAAUAUAUAUACCUACCUGUUCAUGAUAAUUGACUGUUGGAGGGGGAAAAACAACUACAUUUGAAAGGAUCAACCAUCAUCAUAUUCCACGUACCAAUUUAAUAAAGCGCACUUAUGAGAACGUUCGUGCUGAAAAUCGGCUAUCAAGUGCAGAUUUUCCUAAACUCGGGAAUAUCUCAGAAUGGCCGACGACCGUUGGGCCUGAAUUCCAAGUCACGUCUUGGUUAUUGACGCUAACAGCGCAAUGAGACUAAAGUCAUGUAGAUAUGUCUAAUUCUAUAACUAGUCGAACAUUUCCGAAAUGUAUUAAUUUCUGUCUCGGUAUCGUACGAUAACUGUAAAACCUGUAUGCUCACACACAAAGAUUGUUCUAUUAAAAAGAAAAUUUACUUUCGCUCGUCAAAGAAAAUAUUCCAGAGUACAUUCAUCGGUACUAUAUGCUUCAUGCUCAGAAUCAGAUACAUCAAUGACAAUUUUAAAUCUUGCUUACAUACAUCUUUUAUUCUGCAGUUCAGAAUUAUUUACAGAAUGGUGUACACACAUCUCAGGUACAAUCGUUAUAAUAUACCGUGAUGCAUCAAAAUGCCUUGAUUCUUGAUCAAGGAGUCACCAAACCGAAGCGAACAUAUGUAAUGUUCAUUAAUGGAUUUUCGGUGGCUCACUUUUUUUUUCAAUGGAUCUAUGGACAUUUCAUGUGUCUCUGAUCAGCGUAUCGUUUGUAUAUCCUGUCACUCGC